UUGUCUCUCUUCUUUCUCUACUUCGCCCCCACGACAAGAAAAUUUCUGUCUCUCUAUAUAUAUAUCUCUCCCUCACCAUUUCUAUUCUCUCCCUCUCUCUCUAUACAAUCUUAACCUUCUGUAUUUUUUCUUCAUAAUCUCUCGAGUUACAUGAGCUUUUUACUUCGGGGUUUUUGAUUCACCUGACCGUUCUAUAUGGAUUCUUGAAUGACGUAGUCUUCCUUCUGCUUCGUGUUCUCGCCUUUUUUGUUUUUCAUCCCAACCCGGAUCCGUAACCAGCUCUCAGACCCGGGUUAUUGUUUCUCUUUCUCUUCUUCAACAGAGUUUAAAAUCAUACCGCGUUGACCUUCAUCUUCUGGUCUCCUCUCAAGUUUCUGUUUAAAACUUGAACAACUUCACAAAGUUUCCAUCUAUUUACCUUUGUUCUGCUCCCUCUCUCUCUCUCUCUCUAAGUCAUCUAGAUUCAGAAGGUGAGAGUACGCCAUCAAGUUUGGUACCAAACAAUGGCGAGCAAGUCUGGUCAGAGAGUCCGGUUGGUUAAAUGCCCCAAGUGCUUAAAGAUUCUUCAGGAAGACGAAGACGUUCCUGUUUACCAGUGUGGUGGCUGUUCAGCCAUCCUCCAAGCUAAAAGACGGACCAUUGCUCCAACCCCUACACCAAGUGCAGGAGAGGCAGAGGGUGCUCACGCCAGUGAGCCUGAAACCAACAAUGUGUCCAUCAGCUCAGAGCAGGACACGGUUCUUCCACCAACCACAGGUCAUUCCACGGGUCAAGCUGAUAAGAAGGCUCUGGAUAGAUCCUUGGAGUCUACUGAGAAGCAGCUCGGUGACUCUAUUGGAGAGGAGGGAAACGAAAACCAACUCCAAGAACACUCACCUAGUGAUUCUGAUAAGAACGAAAGUGAAGAUAACUCUAGCAGAUUCAAGUCUGAUGUAAAACCCGUAGCAGAAGAAGCUAUGGGAGAGGGGACUAGCUCAGGAAGCUUGGAUGCAAUCUCUCCUGAUGCUUCUCCGGUUGAAGAGGAGCAAAACGAAGAUGAUUACUUUUUCAACCGUCACAGGGAGUCAACUGAUGAUCUUCCUGCAAACAAGACUCCUUCUACCUAUGAUGGGAGUGAGUCUUCCUCUGACGACAGAGAAGAACUACUCGACGAAAACGAACAAUGGAAAGCUCUUCAGGAAAUAAGCUCAGGCAAAUUCCAAAUGCAGAGAUACACUGAGAAUUUGAAGGAGCAAAGAAGAGGUAGUUCCUCCUCAUCUACUUUCUAUGAGAAGAGGCCGUCCAAUGUGACUCCAACCACAUACAUGGAACGGUAUCAGAACAGGUCUCUUCAACUCGAGGGGCCAGGAGGACGUCUUGGAAGACAAGGGAGGAGACGUGUGACAGAACAACUUCGGCCUAACUUGCCUCUCUAUCCGAGAGAACAACCAUACAACACACGUGUAAGCCCUUCGUAUCCAUCGCAAGAUGAGUUUGAUCGCUAUUCCCGCGCACACUCGCUACACAGGCCUUCAUACGAGAGUGUUGACCAUAUGUAUCACAACAGCACGAGGGCAAGAGGUCGGGGACAAGGAAGUAGGUUCUCAGGAGAGAUGAGCAAUGAUAGAAGAAACCAUCCCGGUUGGUAUUCAGGUUCUUACAGUUCAUACCCUGCAAGUCCACAGAGGCCACCAAUGGAACAACCACCUGCGUAUUAUCCGAGAAGAUGGAGCCACGAGAUAGUCUCUGAUGCGGAGGAUCAUCAGCGUUAUAGACAUGCCGGCCACCACCACCAUGACAUACAAGCCCGUCGUUUAAAAGAGAGACAACAACGUGUGGCCAAGCGUCAUAUCCGUCCAACAGCCGGUGGGGCCCCUUUCGUUAGUUGUUACAAAUGCUCAGAGAGCCUACAGCUUCCUGUAGACUUUCUCAUCUUCAAGAGGAAGUAUCAUCUCCUCAGAUGCGGCAGAUGCACCGCUGUUCUCAGAUUCUCACUUCAAUCCAGAACUCAUUUAGUUCCUGCAGUAGUAAAACGUGACAUAAACGCUAACAGGAGUAGCAAUACAACAUCAGAGUCUCCCAGAGACAAAGCUCCUUCCAGAAAACCAGAGAAGCUGAGCUCCUCUGCUCAAGAAGAAGAGGUGCCUGUAGCUAGAGGCUCUCCGCUUCAUCGGCUAAUGGGAUACUCUACUGUAAGCCAAGUGUUUAAAGCCUCUCAGCGUCCUCCUUCCCUGUAGAUCCCUGCUUCAGUGCUCUAAUCAAGCAACGAGGUGCCCUUCUCAGGUGGAAAGUUUUGCCAUUGAUUUAUCAUUCUUUUUCUCACAUCUGUGCUUAAA